UUUUGAAAAUAUUAAUAAUAAAAAUUGUAUAAUUAUAAAAAUACAAUUAAAUAAUGUACUUCGAAAUUGAUAAUGCAUAUUUCAAUAUAUUUAUUUUAGUGAUGGUUUAUGAAUUAUUACCAUAUUUUAAGAAGUUUACCAAAAAUAUAAAUCAACAUUAAAUGUAAUGUAUUAGUUAUUGUCAUAUUCUAUAAAGUUUACCAAAAAUAUAUAUCGGUAAUAAAUGUGAUUAUCCAUGUCAUAUUAACUAUAAGCCAUCUCAUCAAUCUUGUUAGCCAUAUCAUCAUUGUUUUUGUAAAAAUGAUUAUAGAGAUGAUAUGUGGCAAAAUCACUUCCUAAAUAUAUUCUAGGGGAUUUUUAAAUACAAUCUUGCACAAUGUAUACGCUGGUAGUUUUAAGAUUCUAUUUUUAUUUGGCUUCUGGAAUCUUACUUCCAUCAAAAUUCAAAUUAAACAACUAGAAGCCUAGAAUACAGUACACAUUAUCAUCAACCACGUGAUUUACCGACAUUAGUAAAAAUCGAAAUUUGUUUCAUAAUUAGCGGGAAGGUUUCAUAUUCAAUUUCCAAUACCGGCUCAAUUUUGGAAUAUGAAAUAACAAAUAUCUGGAAAAGAAAAUUGAUCAGUCUAUGAAUAGAUAUGUUACUUUGAGUGCAUGUUUUGAAUUGAUUUCUCAACCCAAGUAUAUCCAUGACUCAUUUAAAGAAACCAUAUGUUCACACAUAACUGGAAGAUUAAUUAAUGUCAACUGUGACGACAAGAUUUGAUAUGUGGUUGCGCCCGUUAUGGUUAAGGGAGCCAGCAACUAGGGACAAAGAAACCGACUUCAUUAAUUUGAGACUGCCCAAGGCUUGCCACGUCUAAAUUUUUUAUCUAAACUUACGAACAGCCCUUAGUAAAACCCGUCUGAAGGUUUUGUGUGAUUUAUUAUUUGAGAGAAGUAUAGGAUAUGUAAAGACCAAAGGAACACUGAAAAGGUUUGUGACAAGAACCCAUUCCCAACUAAUAUUUUGCAGCAAUAAGAUAGCUAUUAUGGGCUUAUAAGCCCAACGAUAUCCAAUAUUUUUGGUCUUCCUUUAUCCAUGGGUAGGCUUAAAGCCGAUGUUACCGCCAUUCUCAGUCAAACAUCAAUGGAGGAGCUUGGCGAAAUCCGUCUCUUUGUCCUCGAAGGUCCGUAUAAUUGUAGUUACUAAUAAUAAGCACUUGUUGGGGAAUUUGUAUGGCAAAAUAAAAAUACUAAGAACAACAGAUUUAGCUAAUAGGUGAAAGGUGAAGGAAAUGUCUUAUCCAUACACAUUCGUGAUGGAUUCAUCAGUACCAUUCUCCGGCAUGUAACAAGUGAGAGAGAGCAAAGGGAGUUGAGUUGCUCUUUAAAGGCUCUCAGAUUUGAACAAAAAGAGUGCUUCUCUUUAUAUUUAAUUAUGCCUUAAACCCCCAAUGUAAUACCCAUCUUUGUUUCAUGAGAUUUCUUCAACUCUUUGACGUGAGUCACGUAACCAGGUUACUUGUGCUGUCUUUUGUUUAAUGCACCAAUAAAAAUAAAUAACAAUUUUUUUUUUAAUUUUACAAUUUAUUAAAGAUUUAUGUGAAGCAAAAAGUCUAUAUAGCAGUGAUUCCAAAUACAAUUGUGGAGAAGAAAGAAUUAGCAACUUUUUUUAAUAUAUAUGUCUCGGCCUUUGGGGAACAUUCCCUGAAACUGCAAACUAUAACGUCAUGAUGGACGUCUGAAGAUUCCGAUCCAACCAAACUUCACAUUAGAUUAUACUAAUAAUAACUGAAAUUAGUUCCCUAAUAUUAAACAAGUAGACAAGAGCCUCCACUUGGGAGAAAGUCAAAUGCCAAUCAGAAUAAUAUACAGUGUUAUAUCUUGUAUACAGUGUUAUAUCUCACUAUUCUACUGAAACUGAAUUACAAAAUAAUAUUUGUCUAAAUUUAAGUGGUUAUUUUACAUAUUUCUAUUCUUUUUUAAGCUAAUUACAACCACUUCAUUUAUUCUUUUUUUCUAAUUAAUACAGUUUCGUUUAUUACAGAGUCCAAAAUAGAACUUACAUAUUUUAAAAUAUUUUUAUUACAUCUUUUACAUUCCAUUUUUCAUCUUUUUAAUUACUUCAUUACUUAUAUUUACCAUAAUAAUCCGACAACAUUUAUUUUACGUGUUAACCAAAAUAAUUUUAUAAAUUUGAAUGAAACUAAUUUUUGUAUCGGAUUUUUGAGUUUAAAAUUAAACUUUGUUCGGACAUUAUAAAUUUUUGGACGGAGUUUGGAUUCAGAUCCUUCUAAGUCCGAAAAGAUUUGUAAGAACCUAAAAUAUUCAAAUAACUUAUUUGUUUAGAAAUGUCAUUAAAUAACUUAUAUAAUAUAAAAACUAACGGCCAAGCUCUAGUUUUAUUUAUUUUUAAAACAAAAGUUAAGAAAGAAAUAUCACCAUAAAGAAUUUGGAUUUUAAAUGCAAUUAUACAAAUAAAACCAUGGGAGUGUAAUAAUUAAAUUAUUAAUAUCCCAAUAAUUUGAUUGAACAUUAGUUUUAUUGAAGUAUGAUAAAGUAAACGCAUAAUUAAAAUGGUCACCGACUUGUGCGCUUUUUCAGGUGUCAUACAUAAACAAUAGGAGGUCAAUUCUGUUAUAAUGAAUGGAUAUAAUAUACUACUACAUAGUUUUUUAAUUGUUAUGGAAAAGUGCAACUAAUCAAUGUAUGCAUUGGCACAUCAUGUGCAGAUCAUUAAUGGAGGCUUCUCAUCUCAAUUUCACUUCCUUUUCCAAAUGCCGUGUUUCCCAAACCAGCAAGCUAUCAAGUAUCAAGUUUGCGUACCGUAGAGUAGAGGAGGUUUCGCAGUGCAUCGCUUUGUCAAUUCAUUUGUCAUCCACUUUCUUCUAUCAUUAACAUAUCUAAUAUCUUACCCAAAUUUAUUCGACUAAAUCAUCAACUGGUUAGAUGUUGAAUCUAGAAUCUCAAGUGAGUCCCUGUUUCAGUAGCCGAAUCUCAUAAACAAACCAUAGGUCAAGUGUGUAUCUCGAUCAAAAACCGACUAUUUUUCAACCUUCAAUAUACAAGAGCGUUGACGCGAAUAUAGACUAAAAUAAAUCAUCGAAUGUCCGUAGACUUAGAAAAAUUGUAAUUUGAUAGAAAUGUGUUAUGCAACAAUGGUUGAUUACUUGAUUAACGAAUAGUAAAAGACGUGUAAGGAGAUUUCUUAAUAGAAUCACCGAAUCUCGUGGGAGGGGUAAGAAACAACAGGUGGAAAUGAAAAUGACGUGGAAGAGAAGAAAAAGUGGGCUCCACUUAUCAAAUCGAAAUUAGCAGGUGGCAACGCGGUAAUCAAUAAUCAUAUAGCCCCACUUUUGUUUUUAUUUUAUUAUAUUCAAAUAAUCAGGUUAUAAAUAUAUUUCCACUUGUUCAUCAUCUUCUUCAAGCAACCAACAAAGAUCUCCUUCAAACAUUAUACAUUCACAUUAAACAAUCUUACAAAACCGAUCUCAUUAUAAUGGAAGCUACAUUGAUCUCUUCACCAGCUUCGACUUCACCACUCCGGUUCCAUCCAUUUGUGUUUUCCCCGAAUAAAAUGACGACGUGGAGGACACAGAAGAAGAAGAUGAAGAUGAGCGUUUCUGCUGCUGCGUCUUCAGGGAAGGACCAUUACUACGGAGGAGGGAGAUUGGUGGACGAGAACAUGAUCGUUCUGAGGAAACGCAUCCACGAGAUGAAAAUGGUUGAGCGAAACUACGAGCCGCCUUCUCAUUGGUUGGAUUGGGAGAAGCGUUUCUACAGCAGCUACGACUCUGUGAUCUGCGAUUCCGUUGGUCUUCUCCAGAGCUUUCUCAUGAACUCUCGCCCCACCGUCGCAAUUGCAACGCUGCUUCUACUUCUUGUCAGCGUUCCAGUUUCGUCCUCUGUUUUAGCGUUUCACCUUCUUGACCUUCUCCAUUGGGUUCUCGCCGCCACAACGUCCGGUCAUGUGGGCUGAUCUAGUGAUCUGCCUGGCCCGUUUCAUUCUUUCCUUUUACUUGCCCAGAAAUUCUUUUUUUUUUUGUAUAUUGUAUAUUCUUUUAUUAUUUAUCUGAUUUAUACUUAACUUAAACUAAGUUCAAAAUCUCGUUAUUAAUUUAUCAUUUCUUUCAUGAAAUGUGUAUAAGUUUUUCUUUUUUUUACAUGUCAUUGUGACAAAAAAUAGAAGAUUCUGAUUACAUGAUUUCUUAAUAAGUUAGUGGAGUUUAACUUUCUUUCUCAUGUUUCUUAAAACAUGCUACCAUUUUUGUUGAUAGUUUGUUUUCCUUUUAAGACACGACAGUG